GCGGCGACCGCGCGCAGGACCAUUUCCGGCGGGACGGGCGCGGGGUCGCAGGGAGCCGACUUGGGCGGCGGCGGCGCGAUGACCACGCUCCGGGCCUUCACGUGCGAUGACCUCUUCCGCUUCAACAACAUUAACUUGGAUCCACUUACAGAAACUGUGGCCUUGGCUGCUUUCCUGUCCCAGAUAGCUGCCAGAGCAAAGAGCAUCAAGUCCAUGUUCCUGGCAGGAGGAUCAACAGAGGGGAAGUACCUCGCCCACUGGCCAGAGUACUUCAUUGUUGCGGAGGCACCUGGUGGAGAGUUAAUGGGUUAUAUUAUGGGUAAAGCGGAAGGCUCAGUAGCUCGGGAAGAAUGGCAUGGGCACGUCACAGCUCUCUCUGUCGCCCCAGAAUUUCGACGCCUUGGUUUGGCUGCUAAACUUAUGGAGUUAUUAGAGGAGAUUUCAGAAAGAAAGGGUGGAUUUUUUGUUGAUCUCUUUGUAAGAGUAUCUAACCAAGUUGCAGUGAACAUGUACAAGCGGUUGGGCUACAGCGUAUACAGGACAGUCAUAGAGUACUACUCAGCCAGCAAUGGGGAGCCCGACGAAGAUGCCUAUGAUAUGAGGAAAGCACUUUCCAGAGACACUGAGAAGAAAUCCAUCAUACCUUUACCUCAUCCUGUGAGGCCUGAAGACAUUGAAUAACCAUGAGCAGUGGUUCUUAGGCUGAUGCUCCAGAUAUUUUAUGGACAGUAUUAUUUUCAUUGGAUGAUCUUGGAGCUGUAUUAGGAGAAAAGUAAUUAUUUAGGUCUUACAGACUUCAAGAAAAUACAGGUUAUAAACUUGAGUCUCAUUGUUUCCAGUUAGCAAUAUCAUACCUACUAAAGCCUUUCACUGUAAUAAAAUUCAAUCAAAAAGGCAGCUAGGUCAGAUGGAAACAUUCCACUAUUUUGGUUCAUAAUAUUCACUAUGUGCUAGGGAAAAAAAACUUGCUCCAGUCUCCUCCUAAAUUCUGUGCCUGAGAACCACUGCUGCAUAUGUAUUUUUUAUUUUGUAUCAAACUGUUAAUUGAAGCUUUAAAAGCAUAUAUGAAAUGUAUAAAUCUAAGAUGUAUAAUAAAAUGCACUGUUGACUCUCUGAA